AUGCCAUGGCCCAAGCUGUGGUCAUCCUCGACAAAGGAUGAACCUGAAGCCCAGAAGUCUCUCGCUGAGAGAGCCACAGAUUCAUGGAAAUCAGAGUCAACCGGUGCCUCUCCGCAACAGCCUGCCAAAUCCGCCCCUUCUUCGCAAUUAAGAGCCUUCACUCAACCCGAAACGAUCCUUGCUGCAGCUGUUCUGACAACAGCUUGCGUCGGUGUCUACAAAUUCUACAAGACAUAUCUUCGCAGAAUACCACAAGCGAUCAACAUCAGUCCUGGCUUUCUUCGGCGAAGAAGCCUCGUCGGUCAAGUGACGAGCGUGGGAGAUGGGGACAACUUCCGGAUGUAUCAUACGCCUGGCGGCAGACUUGCUGGUUGGGGUUGGUUCCCGGGGCGGAAAGUACCAAGGAACAAAAAGGAUCUGAAGGACCAAACGAUCCAUGUCCGCCUCGCAGGAAUAGACGCUCCUGAACUUGCACAUUUUGGACGACCUGCACAACCAUACGCGCAAGAGGCGCUUGAUUGGCUUACUGCCUACAUAAUGGGUAAGCGUGUUCGGACCUAUGUCUACAAGGCAGACCAGUACAGCAGAGUAGUGGGCACCGUCUAUGUGUGGAAAGGCCUCGUGCGGCGCGACGUCAGCCUUCAAAUGCUUCGAGCAGGGCUUGCUACAGUCUACGAAGCAAAGUCGGGCGUUGAAUUCGGGAGGGCCAAAGAAGAGAGGUACAGAAGGGCGGAAUGGUGGGCGAAGACCAGGAGAAAAGGCAUGUGGGCUGGAAGCAGGAAAGAUUAUGAAAGUCCACGAGAGUACAAGACCCGACACGGAGUUGGAGCUAUUCAGGAUGAAACGAAGCAAUGA